AUGUACUUUGCUCUCCUAAAGCAAGUUGACCUUUCUUACAAGGCUACUAGCUUAGAGGUCUCUGGAGAAACAAAUAUCAAUUCUGGAAACGUAUCUUUUCACUGGGAUUAUUGCUUAUCCUCUCAUCUAGCAUUAUUAUCUCCCUUUCUGCCUGUCAAUAACCGCAAUGCCCUUUUCCCGCUAGAUCUAAUGUCCUGCAUCUGGCCUAUGCCUCCCUUCACUACUAAUUUAGAACUGGCCCCUCUUUCAACUUCCGGACACUUUCUUUAUCAUUCAAGCUCUGUCUCAAGCCUUUCUCCCCCAUUAUCAGCUAUUCCUGAUUACUGA